AUGAAGAAGAUCAAGAGGACGAUGUGGAAUCUUCCAAGGGAUUUGACGGAGGAGGUGCUGUCUAGAGUUCCUUUGACAAGUCUGAGAAAAGUCCGAUCGACUUGCAAAAAGUGGAACACUUUAUCGAAAGACAGCUUCUUUGCAAAGAAGCAUCUAGGUCAAGAAGCAAAAGUAGCUGAAGAAGCCAAGGAGUUAAUGGUGGUGAUGAUGGAUUAUAGCGUUUAUCUCAUGGGAUUCAAUCUUAAUCUUGACGCUGAAUCAUGCAUAAAGCGGCAAGGCAAACUUAUUUUCCCCGGUUCGGAUAAAUUCGAGGUAUCCAAAGUGUUUCAUUGCGACGGUUUGUUGCUAUGCGUCUCGAAAGACCACACUAGGCUGGUGGUUUGGAACCCGUAUUGCGGGAAGCCCCUGUGGAUCGAGCUCACAAGUAAACUCAAUAUAUGGCCCCAUUCUUCGUAUGCCCUCGGAUACGACAAGAGCAGCAACUCCCACAAAGUCGUGAGAUUUAGGGAUUAUUCUAUGACCGGGGUUUCCAUUGAUUUCACAAUCCACGACCUAAACUCUGAUUCAUGGAGGGUUCUUGAUAUCACUCCAGACUGGAAGGUGACUUUCUUUCAUGCUGGCGUGUCUCUCAAUGGAAAUGCCUACUGGCUUGCUACGAAGGCGGGGGAGUCAGACGAGUUUGAAGAUGGUUGCUUAGUCUGUUUUGAUUUCACAAGAGAGACAUUUGGGCCGCGGUUGCCUCUGCCUUUCGAGCAUGUGCUUGAAGAUGCUGUGAGUCUAUCUGUUGUCAGAGGAGGAGAGAAGCUUGCGGUUUUGUUUCAGCCAUGGGACACUUUGAAGGUGGAGAUAUGGGUUACGAGCAAGAUUGAGCCCGACGCGGUGACGUGGGAAAGCAAGGUGUUCUUGGAAGCGAGUUUGAAACAGUUCAUUCACCCUAUGUUUCAGUUUUUAGUUAGAGGUGCUAGUUUCUUCAUCGACGAGGAGAAGAAAGUCGCCAUGGUUAUGGAUAAAGAGUUCGAUCGCGCUGUACAGCCUACUCGCCACCAAGCUUACAUCAUUGGAGUGGAUGGGUCCUUGAAGAAAGUUGAUCUUGGAGAAGCUGCUAACAAACGGAAUGUUCCACUUGCGUGCUCUUAUCUUCCAAGUUUGAUCCAACCUAAUUAG